AUGCUUAAUAAUGACUUGUAUAUACUUCAUUUUAAUGAUGUUUACGAUAUUCAAGAAUAAGUUAAAGAUCCAGUAGGAGGGGCUUCUAGAUUUGUUUAUGUACUUCAUUAACUAUAAAAACAUCUCAAUACUCUUACUCUUUUUAGUGGAGACAUCUUUGCACCAUCUGCCUUAUCUAAUAUCUAUAGAGGUAUUAUUUAUAUCAUUAUCUUUAGGUGAUUAAAUGUUAUAUCCUAUUCAAUAAUUCAAUAUAGAUGUAGCUUGUCCAGGAAAUCAUGAUUUUGAUUAUACUAUUGAACAUGUUGAAUCUUUAUUUUUAAAAUCCAAAAUACCUUGGGUUUUAUCUAAUGUUUUCAAUGCAGAAACUAAUUAAAACUUUGCACAUACUUUACCUCAUUUUACCAAAUUAUGUAAUAUUGGAAAUCAACCAUUCAAAAUUGGAUUUUUAGGUUUAGCUGAAGAAGAAUGGCUUGGAUAAAUUGUUGAAAUACCUUAACAUUUAAUUGCCUAUGAAGAUUAUUUACAUUGUGCAGAAAGAACUGUCAAAUAUUUAAGAGAAGAAGAAAAAUGUGAAUUUAUUAUUGGUUUAACUCAUAUGCGAGUUCCUAAUGAUCAUAAUUUAAUUUAUCAUUUAAUUGAUUCAAAAAUUGAUUUAGUAUUAGGAGGACAUGAUCAUAUGAUUUAUUGUGAAAAAAUUAAUUAAAGCUUAUUUAUGAAGAGUGGAACUAAUUUUAAAAAUUUAGGAAUUAUAAGAAUUAGUUUAAAUGAAAUUACAAAUAAAGAUUUAAUUAACAAUUUCAUUUAUGAUAAUUUUUCUAAUGAUAAAUCAAUUGUUGAAUUAUAAUAGUCAUUAAUAUUAAAUUCUAAAUUUCAUAUUCAUGUUUCAAUUAUGAAUAUACUUAAUUCUAUUCCAUAGAAUAUUGAUAUGAGAAAUUAUGUAGACUUAAAAAUUGAAGAAUAUAACAUUUGUAAAUUUAAUUAUUAUUAUUAAAAAUAGAAAAAUAAAAAAUUGUUUGUUUUAGUAAUUGUGAUUUAGAAUGUAGAUUUCCUGAAGUCAGAAAUAAAGAAACAAAUCUAUCCAAUUUAUAUGCAGAUAUAUUAAAAUAUGAAUUAGAUGCAGAAAUAUCCUUCUUUAAUAGUGGAACUCUAAGAGCUGAUGAUAUAAUUCAUAAAGGAAUUAUCACUUAUAAAGAAUUAGAUAAAAUAUUUCCUAUGCCAGAUUAAAUAGUCAAAUUUAAUAUUAAGGGUACAAAUUUACUAAGAAUGCUAGAGAAUGGGUAAUUAUAUCAAAUUAUAAUAAUAGAGUAGGAAAAUGGCCAAAUUUUGAUGGAAGAUUUUUAGGAGUUUCUGGCAUCUAAUUUACAUUUGAUCCAACAAAACCAUAAGGAAGUAGAAUCAUUAAUGUUAAAAUUAAUGGAAAUGAUUUAGAAAUGGAUAGAAUGUAUAAGGCUGCUAGUUAAUGUUAUAUAUCUAUGGGUUUUGAUGGAUUUCUUAAAAUACCAGAUGAUCAAUAUAUUAUAGAUAAAAAUGCAGAAAUUCAAAUGCUAUAAACAGUUCUUAGAGUAUUAGAUAUUUGCAGAUUUCAUGAAGAACUACAAUUAUUAGAUAUUUAAGAAAAUGAAAUUAAGACUCUCUAAUAAUUAAAUUUAUAAAACCAUUAAAUUAAUCAUUAUAGUAAGAUUAUAUAAGGAUUAACCAAAAUUAAUGGUGAAAUUUGUAUUGUUAUAGAUCCUUAAAUUGAAGGUAGAAUAAUAAAAUUAUGA